UUGGGUUGAGCGGUCGGCUAGGGGACCGUGGACAGCUCCCGUCUGAGGAGCAGAGCAACGCAAGAGGAGGAGAGGGCUGGAUAUGGGGGAGCCACCGCACAGGCCCGUAUGAUCGAGAUAAAAACACUUUUUUUAAUGUGUGCACGCACCGGGGAAAAUACACAAAGACACGGAGCUGGAGAGGCCUUAGGAGGACCGGGGAACAACCGAGGGAGUGAAGGAAAAAAGGGGGAAUACGGCUACUGACCCAUCCCGGCGCAUCAGGGGGAGCAGCGGCGAGAGAAAGGAGGAGAAGGAGAGAUAAUUCCGCUCGACCUGAUGGACUGAGAGGACAGAUGAAUGAAGACUGCCUACACUAACGCCUAUAGAUGCCUGGCCAAGGAUCUGGACGCUUACGCCAUGAACACGGACAUGACAAUGGACGGCAUUGGCAGCCUGCAUGGCGGGGUGGCGGUGAGCUCCGUGGCCCCUGAUGCGGAGCUGAUGAGCGGCCACAGCCCGCACCACGGCCGCGGGAGCUCGUCGGGGGGACACGGGGCGGCGGCGGCGGCAGCGGCGGCGGCGGCGUCCACCCUGCGGAUACACCAGGACCUGGCCGCCGCCGCCGCGUCAUCCCGCUCGGCCAUGGUGUCCGGCAUGGCCACGAUACUGGACGGCAGCGGGGAGUACCGGCCGGAGCUGUCCCUGCCGCUGCAUCACGCCAUGAGCGUGCCCUGCGACACGUCCUCUCCCGGGAUGGGGAUGAGCGGCACCUACACCACCUUAACCCCGCUGCAGCCGCUGCCCCCCAUCUCCACCGUGUCGGACAAGUUUCACCAUCACCACCACCACCACCACCACCAGCGGCUCUCCGGGAACGUGAGCGGGAGCUUCACCCUGAUGCGGGACGAGCGGGGACUACCGGGCAUGAACAACCUCUACAGCCCGUACCACAAGGACCACAUGUCCGGGAUGGGUCAGAGCCUCUCCCCGGUGCUGGGCAACGGCCUGGGCUCCAUACACAACACCCAGCAGGGUCUCCACAAUUACGGCACGACGACGCACGGGGGCCACGACAAGAUGCUGAACUUCGACGCGCACCACACCGCCUCCAUGCUGGCCAGAGGGGACCACCACCAGCACCGAGGCCUCGGUGGCCCCACGGCCGGGAUGAUGCCGCACCUGAACGGGAUGCACCACCCGGGGCACCCGGCCGCCUCCACGGCGGGUCACCACCCCCACCCCCACCUCCAGUCUCCAUCCCACGGGCCCGUGUUGGCUUCCACCCGGGAAAGAACGCCCUCCUCCUCGGGGACGCAGGGGGGGAACAGCUCGGGGCAGCUGGAGGAAAUCAACACCAAGGAGGUUGCGCAGAGGAUCACGGCGGAGCUGAAGAGGUACAGCAUCCCCCAGGCCAUCUUCGCCCAGAGGGUGCUGUGCCGCUCCCAGGGGACCCUGUCGGACCUGCUGAGGAACCCCAAACCCUGGAGUAAACUAAAGUCAGGCCGGGAGACCUUCAGGAGGAUGUGGAAGUGGCUGCAGGAGCCCGAGUUUCAGAGGAUGUCGGCCCUCAGACUCGCAGCAUGCAAACGGAAGGAGCAGGACACAGCGAAGGAGCGCAACAACACACCAAAGAAGUCGCGGCUGGUCUUCACCGACCUGCAGCGGCGCACCCUGCUGGCCAUCUUCAAGGAAAACAAACGGCCAUCCAAAGAGAUGCAGCUCACCAUCUCGCAGCAGCUGGGCCUCGAACUCACCACCGUUAGCAACUUCUUCAUGAACGCCCGACGUCGGAGCCUGGACAAAUGGACAGACGACGGAGCCAGCCCCGGCGGCCAAUCUUCAGCGUCCAGCACUUGUACCAAAGCGUGAUAAUAAUAGAUGGUGUGGAGGGAGGAGGGGAGGGAAGUGAUAGGGAGGGGGGAUUCAGGCUGGGGUGGAGAUUCGGGGAGGGAUGGUGGGGUGUGAGGGCACGAGUUGAGGUUUCGUCCGGUCGAAGCGAGGAGGAAAACCAAACUUUUUACAUUUUUUUUGUUUGUUUGUCCGUUUUGCUUUUGUUGAGGGUGACAAACUGAGAGAGGGGCUGCUCACUGCGACGACUUGUUUGUAGCCAAACCGCCUUUUUACAAAUUCAUCCCAAAUCCACAAAGAAGCUGAAGGGUAAACUCAUCUUUAAAAACACACAAACCUCACUGGGGGGAAAAAAAGAAACUUUUGAAACAUAGACUUUUCACUGCUGAUGUCUCCUGUAGGACAAUAAGCUGACACACUAGCCCAAAUACCAAAGACUAGAAGACGAUGUAUGUUUUCUAUUAUGCAAUAUAAGCUAGGAACCAACCAAACAAGAAACCAAUGGAAAGCUUUAUGACUGCAGAAUGUGUGAGAAACUCUGGGAUAUGAUACAUUUUGUGGUACUUUGAUCCUUAAAUGUCCAAAGACGGCAACAACGCUUCAGUUUGGAGCAGAGUUCUCAUUCAGAUGUUGGGUUGGAGAUUGCAAAGCCAAAUUUAAAAGUUGUCUUGGCUGAACUGUAUUUUUUUUGGUCAGUUUGUGCAGCCAAUGGUGAAGUCAGACUGUGGAGGAAAUCCCCUUUUUUUAACCAAACCAAAGACAUACAAGGUGACAAAAAGAGAUUUUUUGGUAAAGAGAAACUACACCAUGAUUGAGGAUCAAAAUUCACUCCUGUCCUUAGAAUAGUCUUUUGAUGAAAUAAUCUAAACACAUGCAUCACUGGCUUGGAAGGACAAGAAAAGCCCAUGGUCCUUGUGUGAAGAUUGGACUGUUUUGCAUAAGAAACUGAUCAUGUCAGUCCAACAGCUGUUACUUUGGCUCUGCAGUCUCCAUCUUUAACUGCUUUACAAACAGUAACUGAAAAAUCACAGUCUGUUUUCCCCCUUAGAUCAGAAUUGAAGAGUUGUCUUCCAAAAAUGUUCUUUUUAGAAUUUUAAAAAGGAAAAAUAUAUCUGAAAUUGAUUUAUGAAAUAUAUAUUAUCUAGGUGGAUUGUUAUUACUUAAGCAAAGACAAAACUUAAUCAAAAUACUUCAACAAAACAAAGAGAUUUCUGUGACUUUAUGGACAAAUUUUUUUCUUCAAUUUUACCAAAGAAAAAGCAACAUGUAAAUGAUUUGACUCUUUAAAGGGGGCACUGAGGAUUCGUAAAGUUAGGAAAUGGCAAAAUAUGCAAGCACAAACACACACCUACACACACUCACACACUCAUACACAAACAUUCACCAGGGCACAUGCAACGUUCCUCAUAAUUUGAGCCGACAUGUAGAAUUAUAAGCUUACUCAGCAUACUUAACAUUCAGUGGAGUAUUAGUGUAUUAUAUAUGAAUAUAUGAAACGUAUGUGAGCACAAUCUUGAAGCACAUUUUCUUUGCAAUAGAACUGGGGCUCUCUGCCAAGCCGAGUGGUCUUCACAUCUUAGAAAAACUCAGGAUGCCAUUUUUUCUAAAUAGUGGCUGAAAUCCAUUCGGCAUCUGUCAUCACACACUGUAAUGCAUGAAUGUACACAAACACACACACGUAAACACACUCACAUACACUGUUGUUGACAAACAAACAUACUUGCUUUACAGAAACGAACACAACUUUAAAGAGUCAUUUCCCAAACGUUUUCCAGAAUUCCCACCCUGACCGAAACUUUGUCAGCUAAACCAAAGCUAAGCUCCAGUUUACCCCGGCUUCACCCACCCCAUUAUUUGUGUUACCACGGUAACUCAUCCAUCAGGGCAGCGCUUUCCAUCUAGCAUUUUAGCAUUAGCACAAUCUUUGUUCUCAAUUAGAACAAGGACGCUAUUUAUUUUCAUUUCUGGAAACUGGUGCUGUUUGAUGACAUUUUUUUUAAACAAUUUGAGACAAGUCUUUAGUCCAAAAUGUGCUAGAUUCGAAAUCUGAAGGCAUGAUUUCAAUGCACAAAGUUAAAGAGAAAAGCACCAAAUGCAGCCUGGAUUUACUCAAAAACAAAAGGCUAUAUCUGUGAAUUACCCUUUUCAGAUGGGUGUAAAAAUCAGGAAAUUAAUUGAGAAAUAUGAAUGUCUUGGGCAUACAACAAACACAACAUUCAAAGAAAGUCAGUAAUCCCUAACCAAGCAUUUGAAAAGGUUCUGCUUCCAACAUAAUCUUUCAAGAUCAACAAAAUCUUCCAGAGGCCACGUCCAGAAUUUGUGGUUAUCCAAAAUUGGUUCAGAUUUAACCUUUUGGUGUAAAUCCAGCUGUAGAACUAAGAUGCUUUUUGGAGGACCCCAGCUGCCAUCAGAGAUCUCCCAAAAACACACAAACCACAAACUCCCAUCGCAUUCACUGAUACAACACAACAGCAGAACCAGUGACCAAUCUGAACCUGCGAAGGACGGGCUGUUCAGGCAGAUCAGGGCCUUUGUAAUAGUUAAAGAGGACAAUCUAAAGACGAUGCCUGGCAAGUCCGUCUCUUCAGGGUCAGUGGGCUGGAAAACAAGAGGACAGGUCUUAACGCUGCAAAGAAAUCAUUUUGAUCAAGUCUUCAAACUGUGAGACUUUCAGACAAAACUCAAGAUGAAACUCAAGAUGGAAUUUGUUUGCAGCGUGGGAGAGUCAGAUGCUUGGUAAAGAGGAUGGGCAGCAGACAGACAGGUGGACUCCUGCCUUUGUGUCCUUACCAAGCAUCCCUCGCAACCAAACCCCACCCAUUGAUAUUAGUUUGAUACGUCACACUGUACAGCCUUUAAACAUGAUGUAAAUACUAAUGAACCCAAAAGACCUCAACCGCCACCACCUCCUACUCGGUUUUAACAACCUUUACCAUACACAAUCGCCUCAUCAAUCAUCAUCUCACUCAAGCUAUCAAACCAAAAAAAGAAACAAAACCAAAGGAAAGGCGUCAGUCAGCAGCCCCUGCUCCUUAGAAACCCAGGCUGAGUCCCGGCCUGGUUAGAGGCAAGCCAAAGGCUUUAAGAACGAUUUAAAAUAAAAAAAAUGGACACUUGAGACUUUUUCUAUUUAUUGACAAAUCGAAACCAAAGAAAACCUUUUUCUGCACCUAACUGUUCCAACAAACAGAAAAAACGAACUGAAGAUGGAAGAGAAUUAUUACCAAAAAAAAGAAAAAAAAAACAACAAAAAAAAAGAGUGGAGGUGACGAUGUCAAGGAUGGAGGGUGACGACGAUGAGGAGGAGGGAGGAUCGAAGGACGGAUGACAUCAUGGGAGUGGAGGAGUAGCUUUGUUCUGCCUGAUGUUGCGUCAGGCCAUCUUUAAGGGGAAGCAAGUUGGGGACUGAAAAGGGUAAAACCACACGGGAAGGAGGGAAGGAAUGGACGGAGGAUGUCGUCCGACAAUUUUCUUCCCUCCGACCCCCCAAAAAAGGCAGAACAUUAAUGUGUCUCUCACGGUUGAAGAGUGUCUUUAACGUGUGCCUAUGCAGUUUUUCAAAGUAAAAAAAAUGGUUAAGAGAACAACAGAAACCUCAUCAGCUAACAAACCAAAGAUUCACCGUUAACUCCAGUAGCAGCUCUCCUCCCCCCGAAAAGAAAAAUCUCAACCUUGGCUAACCAGCAUGUUCAUACAUGAUGUGCAUCCAUGCUGAGAGCGGUGUGCUGUGGGUUUUAUUCCACUACAUCAGUUUUACAUAAAGCUUGCUAUGUUAGCAUGAAGGGUAAAUCAAGCUUGUUUGUUCUUUCAAGCUAGUAGCAUUUCUUUCACCCUUUUACCUUUGUUAAAACUGAUAAACUCAGCCAGGGUGAUGAUUGACUGUAUCUUUCAGGAUAGCUAGUAUAUUGCUAGGUAGCUUGCUAGCUAGUUAGCUACCUAGCAACUAUCUAGCUUAGUUUCCCUGUACACUGCACCACCUUUCAAAGCUAAAAUGUCUAAAGCAUCUGAUAUUUUAAUGGAUUGUUCCUCCAGCAUGGCAUCAACACAUGCAGUCAUCCUUCACAUUCGCAAACUUAACCACGACCCCACGUUUUCAUAAACUUCUGUUGCUCAGAAAGAGUAAAACAUUUGUGAGUUUCGUAAAAUUGAAAGGUUCUCAGAUGGCUGUUGUUGUUUUUUUUUGGCCACAAGUCAUUGCCUGCUCCACAGGACAAAGUCUACCUCCAACACUCUCCGGCUGUAGUAACAAAAGCUGCCAGACAACAGUACAGUGACAAUACAGUGGUUUAUUAUUUUUUAUCUGCUUCAUGUUCAUAUGGUUUGAUGAAUUUCAGCCAAAAGCAGCUUGGUGCGUCAACUAGUUGUUGACCAUUACCCAGAUGCUUCCAUCUUCAUUUUUGCUUCCACCCACGUUAAGCUUGCUGUUGUCCGGCGAGCUUCCUACUGCGGAGAGAGUGAAAAUGUAAUGCUAUGUGAAACGUACAGUACAUACCAAAGAUUUUCUGCUGUACAAACAGUAGCACACUGACACCUUUUCUCCAUACCCAUUCAAUAGUGUAGAAUGGAUCCUGGAUCUGUAAUCUAGAUCAAUCAGUUUCUUUUACAUCAAAUCACUCACUGUGUUGCUUAACUCGCCGUCUCUGAAUUUUCUCUUUUCACCCCAAAUCUAGUGGAAACCAGCUGAAUCAGAGAGACUCUGGAUUUGGAUUGUUUACCCACUAUGUCAUUAAAGGUGCUAUAUGUAAGUUUUGCUAUCACCACAUAGCCAAUGUUAGCAUUAACAUUAAGUGUUUACUAACCAGUCUACUUGCUAAGAGCUGUCUCCAGUGGUGGAGAGCAACUCCAAUGUUUAUGCUCUAGUUUGAACACUUCCUUUCUUAUACUGUGAUUAGCAUUCUAACAAGCCAGCCGUGGCCUGGUUGACCUGUCUCAUUACUUUCCGAUAGCAGCUCACUGUAGCAUCUAGACUGCCCUGAAAAAGUAGCACUGCUCAGAGGGUGUUUCUAACCACUUGUAUUAUAAACAGUGGUCGAAGCUCUUGGCAAGUGACCACCACAUUCUCCAGGAAAGAAACAACAUUAGAUGGCAGAGAAAACUUACAAAUAGCUCCUUUAAAUAUUUAGUUUUACUGGGGUACAAACAAUUCCUAGACUGGGGACAAUCCAAGUCUGUUCAGUUGAGGCUAACAAAAAGAAGCACUGCUCGUUUGGGUGGAAAAGUUUUGAAAAAAAAAAAAAAUCUAUCACGACACCACAGUUUGUUAUAGUCCACGUUGCCAUGCUGGAGGAGGAGCCUCACAGAGAAACUGAUGCGAUAACUGUCCAUAGCUAACAAAUCCACAUUAGCUUCUUCUUUAGGAGGGAGGAACUACGCUGCUGCUCCAUAUAUACAACAACAAUAAUGAACCAAAACCAAAAAACACUAAGUCAACACCCGCUGAGAGAAACUGCUAAAAUAUCGGUCAAAUAGCUUUAUCCUUAGUUUUCUCUCUCUUUCUGUAUGUAAAGCUUCUAGUCCAAAGAAAUCUUCCACCCACUUGACCCUCCCAUCCUGCUGACCGUGCCCAAUGGAGGGGCGUGGCCUUGGGCUCAGUGGGUGGAGGCCAUUUUCCAUUCCCACUUGCAGUUCUGUCUGUAUGCAACACAGGCUAAACCUGCCAAACCAAAUAAGAAAAAGAAAAAAAAGGGGGAGGGGGGAUAUGAAACCAAAAACGGUCCCAAAGAGGUUUUCAUUGCUUGUUUGCUUUUGAGUACUUAAAAAUUAUUUGCCAAUACUUAUGUGUCAACUAAUACUACCACUAUGUUCCUUCCUAGGUUUUUGCAAUAUGUAAUUUUUUUAUUUAAUGUAAUUUAUGUUUUCUUUUUAAUUGUGAGUUAAUUUAAGCGAACAAAUUUUGUUGCCAAAUCUCCCUCUGAACCCUUUCCCUUGAUGAUGAUUAGCUUUGCCAAAGUUUACAUUGUAUGUUCCCUUUUCUUUCUGUUCAAUGAUGUAUUUAUUUAUGAGGUGUUUUAGAACACACUAGUUUUGUACCUGAUAAUAAUUUAAUGUUAUUUAAUUAGAUGUAAUUUUUUUGAUGAAUAUUUAUGAGUAUUUAAGAAUGUUAGUUGCAUCAAAGAUGCAGUGCUUAUGCCAGGCCUUUUAAUUUAUUCUUAGUUAGCUUUACUUUAAAAAGCAAAUGAAAUGUUGUGUUAUGAAUGUUUAGACUUAAUGACAGAACAAUGUAGGAAUGUCAGAUUAGAGUUGCGUUACUUCUGAAUGUCAACACUUGCUCUCACUCUUUAGCCAAUCUAGUUUUUUUGUCCUGGUAAUGAUUUUUCUUUAUUUGAAAAUGAAAACAAUCUCUUUAUGACAAAUAAUUGCUGACCGAAUGAUGAGCACUGCAUCUGUUUUUCUUUUCCUCCUUGUGAUUUUUACGGCUAAUGGUUAUUUUGUUUUUGUUUUUAAUUUUCUUUUUGUUUUUGCAUCCUGCUGACCAUUGUUGAACAAGCAAUGAAUUUCAGACUGAUGUUCUAGUGACACUUGAUCAGGUGAAGUAAGGGCCACACGCUGAUAUAAACUGACUCACCAAAGAUAACUGGAAUCCUUGAGAGGCCAAUAAACUGUGUGUGUUUACAUCCACGCAGCUCGUACCCUGGUUAAGGUCUUACUCGUACAUUUACUUACAAAAUUACAUAUGAUAUACAAUGUAUAUGUGUGUGAAAGCAUUUUCUGAUCCCCUAUUAGAAUCAAACUGCAUGUCAUGUCUCAAACUUAGACAUAACUAAAUUAAACAACAUCAGAAAUGCUCUUAUAACAUCUAUGGAAUGCUAAAGAGGAUGUGGUUAGAGAUCAUUUUAUUUCAUGAUAAAUUAAAAGAUAAAAGAUGCCUCUAAGGGGGUAUGUGCACCAGAAACUUUAAAGAGUAACUUAAUGCUAAAUUUAAAAUUACACGUUCAGUCACUUUAUUACAUUAUCUAUUGAUCCUGGUUGCAUUGUAUAGGCCCCAUCUCAAUUCUCCCAGUUGGACCUACCCUGAGUUUUGGAGUGCCCUUGCCUGGGUAGUGGGCAUUCAGAGUUGAAAUCUUAACCUAGGAAAUGGAACACCACUUGUUACUCAUUUUGCAAAGCAUUUUGAGAAUUUUCUCCUGCCACUCUGAAAAUUCUUCGUUGACCCCUACCCCUCAAUCCCUAGACGAAAUGGGACACCAUACCCUACAUGGUAACACAUAAAACAGAAGGAUAUGGCCAGGAAUUAGGGCCAUUGAGUUCAUUACAAAACAAGGGUAUUUUCUCUUUUCUAAUCUAGUAUUUCUGUCAGGGUUCAAAUUCAUUUUUGCAUUCAAGCUAAAACAGGACGUAAUGCUGCUCUAAAAGUUUCUGGUGCACAAUCUGGAUAGUUUUCACAUUGUACACUCCGUAUAACCCAACAAGUUGUUAAGAACGCUUUGAUGACCAUCUCAUAAUUACACUGUGAUAAAGAGAAAAUGCUUGUUUACAAUUUUAUCUAACUAUUAAGUUAUUUGGUGGUCUAAACAAAACAUACUCUUGUCCUCUUCAAGAGUCUGUAAAAACUGUUUUUUAGAUUACCCACAUUUUUUUUUCCAAGAUUCUCUGCAUCAGGAUAAGAGCUUAUCCAGGUUAUCGUAAACAUGAUGUGAUGUUAACACACACCAGCUCUACAAUUAAAACACCUGCCCUGUUAUCAGGAUUUCGGUGACUGCGUGAAUGCAAACACACCGACUUGUUUCACUCGUUAGGAAGGAAAUCUGAAGAGUCCCUUAAAGCUAGCUGCUUCCAAGACUGACUUUGUGAGUGUGUAAAAAGAAAAAAAAACUUUCUAUUUCAGUAGUGAGAACCAGAGAGGCUACCUCACUGACUUUCCAUUUGUCCUUUUAAUCGUGUUGAUGAAACCAAAGAAACCAAAGAUUUUUUUCCUCUUCAGUACGGUCUGCGCUCAGCUCCAUACUUCUGUGCUUUCGCUUCUUAUUGAUGAUGCCACAUUUUCUCCUCUUUUCAGCUGUUUCUUUUUCUCUCUCUCUUUCCCCUAUUUCCCUUCUGUCUUUCUUGGCCCUCACGUUUGUCUUUUCUCCUCAAAAAGAAUAAGUGUCAAGGGGGAAGAGGCAGGUGUAGGGUGGGGUCAGGUUGGAUGCUGAAUUAUCAGGGAGCACAGGCAGAAAAACACGUAGAUAAUACUGUAGAUACAUUGAUCUAGAGCGUUUAAUCAAGAGUAUGGACAAUUUGCCUUGAAAUAAUUAAUUUGACCCUGUCACAUUGGGCAACAAGUAAUAGAGCAGAAGUAAUUUUUCACACCCCCAAAGCGCAUGAAUAAAACUUAAGAUUAAAGGCCUUAGUAUGCUCCAAAAGAACUAUUAUAUAGUGAAGCAUAAUAAGACCUUUAGACCAAAAUAUCCCAAAAAACCUUUUUUGCAUUGGAAUAUUAAAAGCUGCAGAUCCAUGAAGGUAGCUGGAGUUUAGUGAUCCUGACACCAGAAAUGGGCUAUUUUUAUUUCCCAUAACAUUCCAACGGUAAUUGGGUGGCUAGUUGUCACCAACUUUGUGCUGCACAGCAACCAGAAUGAUGCAAGAAUGACGGUGUCUGAGGAACAGGAAACCCUAAUGAACUACUUGUGAUCCUCAUAUGUAAAGUCAAAUUGAAAGAAGAACCACUGACGCUGCUCAAAGGACGUAUUCUAACCUACGGACAAAUGGACAAAGUCUUAGUGGUUGGUUCUGCCCUACUUCAUCCACAAGACCAAAAACACAAACCUUAAGAUAGAUAAUGACACUAAAAUACUCCAUCACACUGAUCACCUACACCUGGUUGGACAACCAAAGGAACAUGAAGGACAAGAACUACAUAUGGUUGAGGAGUCACAUUACCUUAAAAUGUAAUUGUCUGUAUAAUCAUUUUGAUUCAAUUAAUUAAACAGCAAAAUUGUUUUUUCCAUAACAGCAGCAAUACAGCAUCUGGGAUCUAUACAUCCAACUAUGCUAUUUUGCUUCCCUACAUAGAAGCUUUGGGCUUUAAAAUCAACCAGGGAAGCCAAAUGGUGGAGGAACAAAUCUACCGCUUCUUAGAGUAAAGGGGUUUAGCCAGUUUUCAGACUUAUGCUGUCACACUUUGCUUUUCCGUAAGCGGGCCGCUUUGAAAACAAAGACGUAGACGAUAGCGCUUUUGUUGCAAAGUGUGAGAUAACCUUGGAUGAGUGCCUUGCUUGAACCAAAGCGAAGUCUAGACCUCUCUGUUGUGCUAUAAACUUUCUAUUUCCUGUGAAAAAUAAAAUACCUCAGCGCCGGGGCCGCUGUCACUCAGCUCAAGGGCCUGAGUUUCCUCUCUGCUCUCUGGCGCUUUGCAAUGCAAUCAACACAAAGGAAUCCAGAGUGAAUACCAAAGGCUUCCUGUUCUGUUUGACUCCCCUCUUUUACUAUCCCCUCUUCUUUCUUUCCCUCUUUUUUUUCUGAGUGGCGUUUCCAUUGAAAAGAUCUGGGUUUUUCAGAACAGCUUUGUUUUCUUGGCGUCACUAUUAAAGCAACAAAAUGUAACUUUGCUGAGCAAUGGCGCCCUCUGCUGCCACAAGUGAUAGUUCAUUCUGUUGGGCUCUUAAGUGGUUGUCAUGUACAGAAAACAAAGACAGUUUUACAACAUAUAAAUUUGUGAACCCAGCUUUGGUGGAAACGCAGCUUGUUCCCUUUUACUGCCCUCUUCUUCUUCUCUUUCCUCAAAUGGUUGCAAAGCUUUAAAUGGUGAAAAAAACAUGGAGACAAACUUGUGAGCCUUGUGCGCAGACCGUGCUCUCUUUACCGAACUGUUGCAGAUAUACCUCAUAGACACUAGUGGUAGGAUGAUGUUAUAAUAGUGUAUGUCAUAAAUUAUUCACUUGCUCUUCUUCCUUUUUUUUUUUUUUUGGUUUGUUUUUUUGGUAACUGUAACUUAAAAAUGAAACCGAUGUGGGGAAAAAAGCUUUAUACAUUUUUAAGUUGGUUUUUUUUGUAAUAGUUAAAAAGGUGCGCUAAAACCAAAAAUGAAAAAUGCUUGUCUUCUUCUAUGCUCUAUUUCUUAUUAAUGUAUUACUGUUUUCUCUCGGUCCCAUCUGCCGAGGACUGAGGGAUUCAUGAUUUAAAAUCUUAUUUUUGCUUUUCAAGGGGUCACUGUGCCCUCUUGUGGAUAUUUUUGGGAUUGGGAACAUUGUUGGAACGUUGCCAGAAUUUACUUGUUUCAGCCCAGAAUAAUACCGGCUUCUUUGAUCCAUCGAUUUUGUUUUAAGUCCAACCACAUUUCAAUCGAUUUUUAUGCAUCAUUUUUAAAAAACCCUUCCUUUGGUGUCCUUUCUCUCCUGUGUUUAAUUUCCUAGCAUCACAGUUACAUUACCAUUACAGCAGUGCUAUAGCCCAGAUUUUAUGCAUGAGUAUAUUUACAAUUAGCUAGCUGUGUAAUGCAUUGUGAUUCUUAUUAUUAACCUUAUUAUUAGUACCCACUCAUUUCAUUUCAGAUACUGUAAGCUACACCACAAAACUUUGUGUUGUAUCUUGCAUUAGUAUGACCUUUGACCUGUUGAUAUAAAACCCAUUAACUUACCAGGACGUUUUCCACAGAGUUGACGUUUGCAAAAAAAAAAAAACACUUCAGUGAAUUUGGACUUUUGGAAUUUCGACACGAUGCACAGGACAGGUUUGACUGUAUUAACAGGCGC